GUACCAUUUGGUAGUUGUUGUGGCAUAUGUGGCUCUACCGUAAAAUUUGCUGUAGAAUACUGUGAAAACGAUAUGUUAAAUUUGCUGCGAGAUAUUAUAGCAAAAGGUCUCAAGGCCCAAUCUUUGGAAGAGGAUAUAGACUUUUAUGUCAAUUACAUCAAUUCCCAUAAUUAUGGCAAUUAUUUGCAGGCUAUCAUUGUAGAUCGUGAUGGUUAUUCUGAGAAAAGUGUAAAAUUUAUGAAAUAUCUUAAUGAAACCAUAGACUGGUCUAAAAAAUUGAAAUUAGAACCUCAACACAUAUAUGGUUUUGAAUUUUCUGGUCGUCCCUAUAAUCCUAAUGUUACUUUUGGUUCAAUGCUAUUGAUUCUAUUAUGUUUAAUAUUCGUUAGCAUUGUGGCUUUGGUUAUAUUUGCUCACUAUCAACCCGACAAUCGUUAUCUGCACUAUGUCCCCCGCUGGGUUUAUGAUCCCCGUUUAUGGCGUGCAUUUGUCAAUAGGUCGAAUAAUGUUUUCGCACGCUUCGAUAAUACCAGAGCUAGUAUACAAACUAUGACAGCGGAGAGUAAUAGAAAAAAAGCUUUUACUAUGGGAUAUGAUCCCGAAAGUGGCCGUGUUAGAGAGCAAGCCUUUGAUAAUCCCAUGUUUGGUGAAGUACCGACAACAUCACAAGCAGCAGCUGCACGUAAAGAGGAAACGAAGCAAGAGCUGCAAAAGGAAGAUGUUAUAAAAGAUGUGGCUCAAGAAGUUCCCCAGCUUGUUAUAGAAAGUGUUGAUAUCAUCGAUAGUGUGGAGAGGGAAGAGGAAGAAGAGCAGGAAUUGACGGAAAUUAAAUUGGAAUCUUCAUCUGAAGAUGAUGACGAAGAACAAGAAACUGUGGAAUAAUUAUUUUAUAGAUUAUUGAUAUUAAUAUUGAAAUAUACAUUAUAAAUGUUAGUAUGCAUAUAAUAUAAAA